UGGCGUGACGUCAUCAGGACGGGGAACGAAGCUGGAGCGCGCGAGAGUAACCGGGUGAGUGAGUGAGUGAGUGAGUAACACAGACCCUCACUCUUUAUACCGUAUGUUUGGAAACUUCUUACAGCCAUGAGACCUCGGACAGGCCCGCAGAGUCCCGCUGCACUGCUCAUCGUUUUAUUUUCCGUGUUAAACACCUGCGCGAGCCGGACGAUUAACGGAAAAAGACGAAGAGCCGAUUCACCUGAGAGCGGAUUUGGGGCGAAGGAGCGUUUUCAGAUCGUUACACAACACAAUCGACUGCGCAGUCGAGUCGAGCCCAUGGCGGCGAACAUGCAGAAAAUGGAGUGGAGUGACACGCUGGCUGCACUGGCUCAGAUAAGGGCUGAGUCCUGCUCAAAGAACAGCACUGGAUCAGAAGUGGACACCGAGCACAUCGGCUGGAACAUCCAUCAGUCUCCUCAUGGUGUAGCCUCUUACUCUGACAUCAUCAACUCGUGGUUCCAGGAAGGGCAUCACUACGUCUAUCAAAACGGACAGUGCAAAAGCAACCACACCUGCAAGCAUUACACACAGCUGGUGUGGGCCACGUCCAGUCAGGUGGGCUGUGCAUUGCACCUGUGCAGAGUUGGAGUCAAACAAUGGGACAUGUUCGUGUGUGCAUACUUUCCCGGGGGAAACUGGGAGGUGAACGGCCGGGAGGUGAUGCCCUAUAAAUCAGGAGUGUACUGCUCUCUCUGCACGGCCUCCAUGUCGGGGUGCUUUCGGCUCUGGGACCAUGUUGGAGGCUUGUGUGAGACCCCUCGAAACCCGUGUCGUAUGAGCUGUGGACAGUACGGACAGCUGAACGUCUCUUCGUGCCAGUGUCAGUGUAACCGUGGAUUCACAGGCCGGUUCUGUCAGGUGCGCUGUAGUGUGCAGUGUGUGCACGGCCGCUAUAAGGAGGAGGAGUGCUCCUGUCUCUGUGAUGUAGGUUACGGAGGAGCGGAGUGUGCAGAGAAGCUGAGUUUCCCCCAUCACAGCUGUGACAUGCAGAUCGAUGGUAAAUGUUUCAUGGUGUCCUCUGAAGCUGAGACGUACUACACGGCCAAGCUGCGCUGUCAGAAAAGAGGAGGGAUUCUGGCUCAAGUGCUCAAUCAGAAGGUCCAGGAUAUCAUGACCUUUUACCUCGGGCAGCUGGAGAACACCAACGAGGUCACGGACCCUGACUUCGAGACGCGCAACUUCUGGAUAGGUUUGACGUAUAAACCACUGAAAGACUCGUUCCGCUGGGACACAGGAGAAAUCGCGACAUUUACCAGCUUUGCUUUUGGACAGCCAGACAAUCAGGGUUUUGGGAAUUGUGUCGAGCUGCAAGCGUCCAGCGCCUUCAACUGGAACGACCAGCGCUGCAAAACUCGCAACAGAUACAUCUGCCAGUUCAGUCCAGAGCACAUUGCUCUGUGGGAGUUUGGGCAAUGAGAGCUAUGCUUCGUGACUGCUGCAGAAGAUUACUGAUCCACGGCUGCUGUUCUUCUGACUGGAUUAUGUGGUUUGAGCUCAGAUGUAGGACUCCUGAUCAAUGCAGCCAGUAUUGCAUAAGGAAUAAAACAUGUCAAGGCAUGCUGCUAGAGGAAAAUGAUCAACGACGGGGUUGUAUAGUGUGGCCUGACGUGCAGGGGCGUUGAUUUUUUUUCCAAUGACAGCAUGUCCUGAAGUAUUUUAUUCCUCUUACACCACAGCAACUUGCCAGCGAUUGCAUUUUUUUAUUUAUUAAACAUUAUGCUGUAAUUUUUAUGUUUAUAGUUACAUUUAAUGUUGUUGAACGUCCAUGAAAUGGGUUAGUUCUUGUUUUCACUUACGCAGACCUGCCAUCCUUUAUGUAUUUGAAUACAUAUAUACGACAUAUGAAUCUAAAAUGAUUGACAGCUGCAUAGCUGUUUUGAACUCUCUGAUAUUAACUGACACCCCCUGGAAGCCCCCGCCCCCUUCCUCCCAUCUCAAAUUUGUCUUGUUUUUAUUUUUCCGCUUGAAAGAAUUGGCACGCUCGCUUUGUGUCAAGGUAAAUGAGAAUGUUUUGAGAUCAUUAAAAUGAAAUAAAAUCUAAUAGGGUAUUUUCAGCCAAAGUUUUUAUUAAAAGAUGAAACAGGCUUACAAUGAAUUGUCACAUCUAACGGUUUGCAAAUACUUUUAAUAGUAAUAAUAAUUAGAAAGUGAUCAAAAACGCUGCUUGUUCUCCUGCGCCAGUCAGCGCUCACGUGUUCAAACAGCAUGGUCAAGCCCAUUGUAGUUAAAACUAGAAUGUGCAUAUAUACAGGGUUGUACGGUAACCAGCAGGCACUAGAAAUGCCGCUUAUCUGCUUUAGUUCAGAUUAGAUUAGAUUAGAGUUUUAGUGUCAUUCUAGCAAUAUACAAGUUCACAGUAGGAUGAACUAGCGCUCUCCAAGGCCUUGGUGCAAUAUUACAGAAAGUGACACAGUAAACACACCAGACAACAUGUAGUGCGAAAUUAGAAAAAGCGGCAGUGCACAAUGGACAACAAUGUACAAUACAAUAUGUAGAUGCUGAACCUCUAUAAUGAGGACAAUACAAUAAAUACAACACAAUACACAACUGUGUUCAUGCAGAUGUAGACACUAGAAAAUGGCAUAAUUGAAAUUUUUUUACAAAAUAAAUAAAAUCACACAAGGGUUGGCAGGUGUGCUUACGUUAUAGCAGCUAUAAACAGUCGUUCCUUCACCCGCCUCUCUUUUUUUCUCUCUCUCUAUAUAUAUAUGUAUAUGUAUAUAUAUAUAUAUAUAUAUAUACACACAAGCACACACACUCUCUCAAUCCCUCUCUGUCUCUCUCUUGCUUCCUGAACCUUCAUCCCAUCCCAUUUCUUUCCCUUGCAGUCUCUGUCCCAUAUUUUCCAUAUUUUCAUUAUUUUCCACAUUUGUUAUAUGCACAACAGCCCUCAAUCAUUCAGCACGUCUGUAAUUAUGUAUUUAACUUCUACAGUCUUGUGAACCACCUAUA